CCCCGCCCGGCUGCGGGGCCAGUGGCAGGAGCGCCGCGCACCGCCAGCCGCGGGGGGCGUGGGAUGGGGGCGGCCGGGGAGGGGGGCGCCCACACUGACUAGAGCCAACCGCGCACUUCAAAAGGGUGUCGGUGCCGCGCUCCCCUCCCGCGGCCCGGGAACUUCAAAGCGGGCCGUGCUGCCCCGGCUGCCUCGCUCUGCUCUGGGGCCUCGCAGCCCCGGCGCGGCCGCCUGGUGGCGAUGACCCGGGCGCUCCGCUCAGCGCUCCGCCAGGCUCUCCUGCUGCUCGCCGCGGCCGCCGAGCUCUCGGCAGGACUGAAGUGUGUAUGUCUUUUGUGUGAUUCUUCAAACUUUACCUGCCAAACAGAAGGAGCAUGUUGGGCAUCAGUCAUGCUAACCAAUGGAAAAGAACAGGUGAUCAAAUCCUGUGUCUCCCUUCCAGAACUGAAUGCUCAAGUCUUCUGUCAUAGUUCCAACAAUGUUACCAAAACCGAAUGCUGCUUCACAGAUUUUUGCAACAACAUAACACUGCACCUUCCAACAGCAUCACCAAAUGCCCCAAAACUUGGACCCAUGGAGCUGGCCAUCAUUAUUACUGUGCCUGUUUGCCUCCUGUCCAUAGCUGCGAUGCUGACAAUAUGGGCAUGCCAGGGUCGACAGUGCUCCUACAGGAAGAAAAAGAGACCGAAUGUGGAGGAACCACUCUCUGAGUGCAAUCUGGUAAAUGCUGGAAAAACCCUGAAAGAUCUGAUUUAUGAUGUAACUGCCUCUGGAUCUGGCUCUGGUCUACCUCUGUUGGUUCAAAGGACAAUUGCAAGGACGAUUGUGCUUCAGGAAAUAGUAGGAAAAGGUAGAUUUGGUGAGGUGUGGCAUGGAAGAUGGUGUGGGGAAGAUGUGGCUGUGAAAAUAUUCUCCUCCAGAGAUGAAAGAUCUUGGUUUCGUGAGGCAGAAAUUUACCAGACGGUCAUGCUGCGACAUGAAAACAUCCUUGGUUUCAUUGCUGCUGACAACAAAGAUAAUGGAACCUGGACUCAACUUUGGCUGGUAUCUGAAUAUCAUGAACAGGGCUCCUUAUAUGACUAUUUGAAUAGAAAUAUAGUGACGGUGGCUGGAAUGAUCAAGCUGGCGCUCUCAAUUGCUAGUGGUCUGGCACACCUUCAUAUGGAGAUUGUUGGGACACAAGGUAAACCUGCUAUUGCUCAUCGAGACAUAAAAUCAAAGAAUAUCUUAGUGAAAAAAUGUGAAACUUGUGCCAUAGCGGACUUAGGGUUGGCUGUGAAGCAUGAUUCAAUACUGAACACUAUCGACAUACCUCAGAAUCCUAAAGUGGGAACAAAGAGGUAUAUGGCUCCUGAAAUGCUUGAUGAUACAAUGAAUGUGAAUAUCUUUGAGUCCUUCAAACGAGCUGACAUCUAUUCUGUUGGUCUGGUUUACUGGGAAAUAGCCCGGAGGUGUUCGGUCGGAGGAAUUGUUGAGGAGUACCAAUUGCCUUAUUAUGACAUGGUGCCUUCAGAUCCCUCGAUAGAGGAAAUGAGAAAGGUUGUUUGUGACCAGAAGUUUCGACCAAGUAUCCCAAACCAGUGGCAAAGUUGUGAAGCACUCCGAGUCAUGGGGAGAAUAAUGCGUGAGUGUUGGUAUGCCAACGGAGCGGCCCGCCUAACUGCUCUUCGUAUUAAGAAGACUAUAUCUCAACUUUGUGUCAAAGAAGACUGCAAAGCCUAAUGAUGAUAAUUAUGUUAAAAAGAAAUCUCUCACAGCUUUCUUUUCCAUUUUCCCCUUUAUGUGAAAGUUUUUGCCAUUUUUUUUGUUCUACCUCAAAGAUAAGACAGUACAGUAUUUAAGUGCCCAUAAGGCCGCGUGAAAAGAUAACUCUAAAGUUAAGCAUGGGCAGGAGUUGACUUCAUCCAAUCUCUCUGUUAUGUUUAAUUUUAUUUUGAAAGCAACACCGCCACUCAUCUUUUUAUUUAAUAAGAAAGAAAUAUAUUACAAAAGUAUAAAAUAAGCUCUAUAAAAAUGAUAUAGUCAUUAAGUUUUUAUUUUACUUGAACCAAGAGCACAUGAGUGAACAGGAAAAGAUGUUAAAACUUUUUUUUUUUUUUUUCUGAGACGAAAACAUAUUAAUUAAACAUGCGAACUAGACCAUGCUAUCUUAAAUAGAAAUUUAGGUCAUGCAAUCUAUGUUUCCCCAUUUUUAAGUAAGCAGGACUUUUUAAAAAUAAAUAUUGCUCUAAAUUUUAAUAUAUCAAACAUGUGAAAGUGGAGCUGCUCAGUGGAAGAUGUGAGAUUGGUGUCCCACGUGCUUGGUCUCCCCUUCUGCUGUUCUCCUUCAUAAUCCACUACUGCAGCAGUCGCUGAACCACUAAACUUAUUCCUUUCCUUUGCAAAAGACAUACCUGAUAUCCUGAGACGCUGAGAAAUGUCCCAAAGUCACACAGCUAAUGGCAGAACUGGCACUAGGUCCACAUCUUGUGAUAAUGAGCACUGUAGAGUCAACUAGCUUCCUACUUUUCCUUGAAUAGUGCUUUUCUCUGUAUGCAAUAUCUUUUAUUAUGAUAUUUGUGGUUUAGUCAUGCAGAAGGCAUAUUAUUUUGCAGAAUCAUGAUGGACCUGCAUGAAAUCUCAGAACCAUAUCUGUUGACAUUUUUUUCUCAUAGAAAUAUCAUGGUUAUCCCAUUCGUUAAUGAGUAUUAAUGUUUUCUGAACACUUCCAAAGAUUAAUCAAACAUAAAUAUUCAUUGUCUGAAAAUAUCUUUAAGAUACAAUUCAGAGGUCCCUAUUUCCUUUGUACAUAUACACUUAGAAAGAAAAGACAGAAGAGGAAGAGGAAAGAAGGAAAUAUUUUGAGAAUAUAUUGAGAAGAAUUAAGAACACUCUUCAAUGAAGUGUAACAACCAAACCCUACAGAGGGUAUGAGAAACAGCAAAUACAUAUUCCUCUACCCUUUCACAAUGAGCGCGUGAGUACAGAAGAAUGCUCAUGAUAGUUCCGCCUUCAUUCUACUUUCUGUGGACACAGAGUAAUGAAUAUUUAAUGGGACGUUAAAUAUGCCCUUCAAAUCUAUAAUGCUAUUUUGAUAAAGGAAAUUUAACAUGAUGUCUUUUAUUCUCCUAAAACAUCUUUUGUCAAACUCCAUUCCAUAGAACUUUCUUCUGCUGAGAUGAUCCAAGACCAAAGUGUUCUUUGAUAUUGCUUAGAAAGUGAUAGUACAUGUUAGCAUAUAAUGUAUUUUGAAGAGUGAAAUAAAUGCUAUUGAUAACAGUAAAAACAAAAAACAAACAAACAAAAAAACCAAAACUAAUAACAGUAAAGAAAUGCUACUUGAAUUUUUUUUUAAACUGGAUUGCUCAGAUUACCUGAUCGUGGUGGAACCCUUUUAUUAAGAGGAGGAGAAACUUUUUACUAUCCCAUAUUUGACUGUUCUAUAAAGCAAAGCACAGCUUGGGUAAUAGUGUUCUGAAGGAUAUACUUCUGUAUUUUCUCAUAGAAUACAAUUUAGUGAUUAUGCUUCAUUUCACUAUGAAAAUAUGUUACUGAAUAUAUCUUCAUUUUACUGAGCUGAAAUAAGGAAGGCAAAACACUGACAGCUAUGGAAUUUGCGUGUCCUUCCAUACUUGUUAAUGCUCUCAUCCACUUAUUAAAUAAUCAUAGAGUACCCAUAUCUUGCUUGCCACAAUAUCGGGUACAAGAGGGAAUACAAAGAUAGAUAGGUCCUGCCCUCAGGGAUUUUAAAGUCUAAUUUGGGAAUGUGAAUAGGGAUGUGAGUGUGUGGGGGAAGAAAAUAAAUUGACAGAUAAAAUAUGAAGUGGGAUGUCUUGAGUUCUGCAUGACAGUGGGUUUCUAGGAUAGGUCUGAAAAUCGCUUUCAUUUGCAACGCAUUUAGAAAGUAGCUUUAUUUGGAUAUUACAGACAAUCUAAAUAUAUCAUCAGUUUUUAAAAGUGCCUAUGUGAAGUGAUUUUUUAAAAAGAGCCUAUGUGAAGGGGUAAUCUUGCUUAUGCUUGUUACUAAUUUCUCAUAGAUUGUUGUUCUGCAUAUAUAAGAAUGAAAUUAUUUAUUUACUAUGGUUGUACGUGCCUCAAAUAAACAAGAAUGAUAUUUCCUGUUUUAUUUACUUAUGUUGGGUAAAUAUGCUUAUUGAAUUUUUAAGAGAGGAUUUUUUAACAUCUCCAUUCUUCUUGUCAUUAUGUUUUGUAGCUUAUUUGAGGGUGUCUAAAUAUAAUUUCAUAUUUUAUUGGUUCAACUUUCACUCUGAAGAAAUCCGUAUGUUAGUACAUUUUGAGGUAUUUUUCUUGUUCUUGUGUUGGUUAACUAUGACUCCUAGCUGAAUAGUCUUAUAUUUCAAUUACAAAACACAUUUUUAAAGAAAGGGAAUAGAGCAGCAAAAAUGAUGAGGAAAAGGUUAAAAGUUAUAAUAUUUCCUUUACUCUUAACAGGAUUAUAUAUAGAAUAUGCUCACUUACAAAAAUAGGAUGAUGAAGUUUAGAGCAUAAGGCAGGCUUCUUGUAUAUACUUAUGCUGUCAAAUGUUAUAUUGUUUUUAAUGGAGUCCCUUUGUGUAAUAUUUAUUUCUUUUAAAUUUUGUUAUAAGCAAAAAAAAAAAAAAAAUUCUUCUUAGGUUAGGUUCAGAGUAUCAGUGUUCUUUACUCCUUACAGAUAUUUUGGCUUUGGGGUAUAAUACAAGACUUGGGAAAACGCUAUUAUGAAUUUUUAGUACUGUAUAAAGUGGUGAUGGGAUUUAAAUGCAGCAUCACUUUCUGAAAAUAAGAGAAACAUUAUUUGUUGUCAGUAUUUCAGCAUGAACUUGUUGCCUUGUAAAUUUUGCCUUUAAGUUUGUAAUUGGUACAGAUUCUGUUGUAUGCUUUCUUCUAUGUCUAAAAUAUUUGGCAUGUCACAUCUAGAAUUCUUAAUUUAUGUUCUGACUUGAGAGUUAAGUGAAACAUGACUGUCGUGCACUAUUUUAGGCAUAGCACUUGCUUUUCAUCUUUAUACUUUCAAUUAACUUUGCAUUUUAAAUUUCCAUGAUUGUAUGAAAAUAGUAACCUGGUUGCAGUAUCUGAAAAAAUUAAAAUUAGCUUUUAUUUAAAAAUGAAAAUCUACAAUAGAUUCAUUAGGUUAGAAGUUCCACAGUAAUUUAUUAUUUUAUUACAGCUACUAUUGUAGAAUUAUUAAUAAAAUAAAACAAAACUACUUCUAUUUUCCUGGAAUUUUGCCACCAUGUGACUCAUUGGGGCAGAGAAAACUCAGGGUUAUCUUUGAGUCUGCGCAAAAGUACCAGGGAACCUGCUUAGCAAAUCAUCUGAAAACAGGGAGUUGAUGUUUGCCAUUAUACAAAGUUUGAGUAAACAACUUAAAAUUGCUUGUUAGGGCAUAGUCUUUGAUUGAAAUAAGUAUAAGAGUGUAUUUGGCUAAAUAAAUGUAUUUAAAAUAUAGAAAUUUUAUUUCCCACUGGAAAAUUAAGAAAAUAACAGUACCAAAUGAAUAAAAGCUGGCAGUUGAUGUCUUCAAUAAUCAUUCCUUUAAAUAAAUUCACAAACACAUCAUUACAAGCUACUUAGGAAUGUUUAGUAUUAGUAUCUUAAAAUGGCACCAUUGUGGUUUUCGAAGAUAUUUUAAGCAUCUUUUGUGAAACAUACCAUUUCUGUUUGACAAUGCUUAGUUCUAGCUCUGCGUGCUAAUACCUACAUGGAGUUUUUCUGCUAUUUUAGUGAAAACAGUAAUUGUUUUAUCUUGAGAGCUGCUUCUAAAUAACAAGUCAAUUGGAAUAUAAGUUUUUAAAAAACGUUAAUAUUAAGUAGAAUUUUUAUAAUAUGGGCAUUUUUCAAAACAUUUUAAUGAAAAUAUAUAGAUAUUUGACUUUCUUUUUUCCAUCUAGCCUUGCUUUAUAUUCAUUAUCUUUCUCACUUUUUUUCUUAAUAUUCCCUCACUAUCUUUCAACAUUAUCAUUAGUUUCUAAUUAAAAAAAUAACUAUUAUUUAACUUAACCAUCUGGAAUUUAGCUUUCUAAUGAAAGAGAAUCCCUUAGUACUCUCAGAGAUUAUAUAACUUGAUUCCAGUUUUGUUUCGAUGACGAGACCAAAGAUCAGAGAUUAAAUGACUACUAGUUAUUAGCAGAACUCUCAUGAAAGCCAGGUGGUGACACCCAGCACUGUUCCUUGCCAUAUCCCCAACUUUUACUGAUUAAAAAUUAAUUUGCAUGCAUCUAAACCUACCUUGAAUGCACACUAAUGUAAUGUGCCAUUCAAUGAUGAUGAUAAAAUCCCACUUCUUAUGUUUCUACUAAAAUAAUUUACUCAGGGUGGGGUCAGUGAGAAAAACUAAACUAGGCAAAGAGAGAGUUGUAGAAUGGUUGUCAAGCUAAGUAGGCAACCACUGGGGUGCUGAUAAAAUUAAUGGAUAAAAUUUAGGGACAGUGAGAGUAUAGAAUUUCUUAGUGCCAGUAAUAAUUAGAGAAGCUUCCUGACAUCCCCCACCCUUUCUGUAAGGAUUGUUCUUUCUCUUUGUACUUUGGAAUGGGGGUGAAAGGUGAUUUAAUAGCUGAAUUUGGGACUAUGUCCAGUGGUAUAUUAUCUGACUUUUCUCUCUUUCUCUUUUUUUUCCCCCGUCAGUUUCUCAUUAGUUUGUCUUUGGCAUUCAUCUUCUUUUAGUGCAUUAAAAAAUGUUUGGCAGAUCUCAUCAAUCCCAAGUCACUCUAUAAUUCCUAUAAUUCUUUAGUUAUCUUUUAAUCUGUCCAAACUGCUACACAAUGAACUUCUUAACAAGAUUUUAAGUUCCCCACUGAUGUAUAAGAGGUUUCACCUCGUAACUUCUCCAGUAAUCCUUCAUUUGGCACUAUAGAGUAUUUGUUAAUGGCAGAGAUGAUUUUUUUUUUUUCAAAACCUAAAAAGACUAGCUGUUAAUUGUAUUCUAGCUUUUAGCUAACAUACAAAGAAUGUCUACUUUUGCUUUAAUGCUAAAUCCCACUUGAGAAAUAGUGACUGGGAAAGACAAUUUGAAAUAUAUGCCCCAUAAUGUGGUUGCUAAAUUUAUUUCUGCUGUUCCAUACCAUUGCUUUGUUUUGCUUUUGACAUCUCUUAAAACUAAGCCAUUAUGCUAUUAGUUUGGAAUAUAAUACUACAGCAAAAUUAGGUAACAAUCUCUAUUUUAAAAUUCCCCUAACAAUAAUAGAACUGCCAGCAUACUUUUCUCUUUCAGUUGUAGAUGAAUACAUUUGAGAGAAGAGCUCUAUUUCAUCCUAGAUUUCAAUAUUUUCAGAUGUGACUGUAUUUCCUGAUCAUUGGUCCAGGUUAUCCUAAAAGAAAUUUUUCUCUCCAGACCUAACAGUUUUAACUGCAAGAGUUUACUGUGGGUUACAUUAAUCUGAAUUUUAAUAGGGCCACUGAGAAUCUGAGUGCUUUAUGGGAUUACCCUUAUACCCACUGCCAUCACAUCCAGUCGGGCCUGUUGUGCUCUCUACAAAUCUUCCCAGCUGAGUGGCAGAUAGGGGCUAAAAUCCAACUGCAAUUGGCUCCCAGACAUAAUUUUAUAUUUUACAGAAAAGGAUCUUAUUGGCUUAUAUAUGUUUAAAGAAUGGUCUGGCUUAUACAUCUUCAGAAAAUGAGAAUUAAAAAGCCAAAAUAAUUCUUGACGUCAGCAAAUUGAACAUAGAACUUAGAAGAAAUAAUACUUUAUCUUUUCAUUCUGGCAUUCCUGAGAGAAAAGAAAUUGUAUGUUUAUUGUGUUGGUUUAAUUUUUCAACCCAGACAAUCUGCAGCAAGGCACAUGGACCCUAAUUUUGACAUCUUACACACAGUUUUCAUUCUAUGCAUGGAGCUAAUUACUGACUUUGCCUGUAAAGAGAGGAUUGUGUGCCUAAAUUUUGUCUAGGAAAUGCAAGCAUAGAAUGAAAUUUACUAAUAUUUCUAUUUCUUCCAUAGGCUAAAUAAUAGCAACUAUUUUUGAAGACCCAGCCCUUUUUUUCCUCUUUAUACAAAAUAAGAGUAUCUGAGCCAAAAUAUUAAAUUCUAGUUCAUUUCUGCAAUGACUAGUGUCAUGCUCAUGUACUCUUCUAAUUCUAGACUGGAGAAGAUUAUUCAAACUUGAUCUGUGUUUCAGGUUUUUAAAUGUCCUAAAAACAGAAAAUUAGAUUCAGAUCUCAAAAAAGGAAUUUUGGAUUGACUUUCAAAGUACUAAUACUAAUUAUACUUUUCUUUUGGUAGCGUGACUCUUCUUAUACCUAAGAACAUAUUACAAAUGUCAAAACCAUUGCAGUUUGACAUUGCAAAACAUGCCUUGAACUCUUGAACUACUGUGAAAAGAAUCACCGUUGUAAAGACUUUUUGUAAGCUAGCUGAUACUCUUAAGUAUGUAAAAAGAUUGUCUUUCAGCCGACAGGCCCAAAGGAAUGUAUAUAAGGAAGGAAUAUGAAAAAAUAAAUUAGGUUUUAAAAUAAGAAUUGGGCAAUAAACUGUAUCAAAAAUAUGUAGAUGGAUUUUAGUAGUUGUAAUUUAAAUGUUGAAGGUGAAGAGAAUUUCAAAUUCCAAAGAGAAGUGAAUGAUAUUCAGAUGUUUCAUUAAUUUCUAGUCUGUGAAAAUAUGCAUUUUAUAGUAAAUGUAUAGACUUAUUUUAUUUAGAAAUAAUAGUGUUUUAGAAUUUAUUAAAAACUCAGUGAUAGCCUUUAUACCAAAAUGUUUAACUUUACCAACAGCAAGUCAUAAAAGUAUUUAUUUUAAAGCUUUUUAAUAUUAUCGCGUAACUUUCAUCUGUCUUCAGAUGUAAAUAAUUAUCUGCCUAAAUGUUAUAUUUUUAUGUAUGCAUUUUCUGAAAAUGUAUUGUUUUGUAAAGUGGGAAAGAUAAUAAAUCAAGCACUUGCACUUGUUUCUGUGAAGCAUAUAGAACUCUAUUUUAAAUAAAGGAAGAUGUGUCGUA